UUCUUGUGCUGGCUUAGCAUCGCUUUGCUAUAAAUUUUCAGAAGUACAGCAUAAACGGUAUCAGUUCGACAGUGUAUUCCAAUCUUUCAACAUUUUGCUAGCCAAACUCCAAACUCUUAUUUCAAAAUGUUCGCCAAAAUCAUCUUCGUCGCCGCCCUCGCCGUGGUCUGCGCCAGCGCAAAGCCAGGACUGGUAGCUCCACUCGCCUACUCGGCCCCACUGUUGGCCCCAGCUCCUGCUAUAGUGACUGCCCAGAGCUCUCAGUACAUUGCCCGUAACUACAACGGAGUUGCUCCACUGGCCUACACCGCUGCAUAUACUGCUGCUGGCCCGAUUGCCUAUGCCGCUGCACCAGCUCUUGCCGCAGCCGCAUAUACUUCUCCAUUGGCCGCAGCUCCAGUUCUGCUGUAAAUGGUUUCUCUCUUUGAAAAAGGCUAAUUAAAACGGGACUAGAAAUAAAUACGUGCAAUAGUGAUGCUUGUGAUAAAUGGAAAAAGUUGCAGAUGUAGUAAAUUUUAUAUGUUUUGAUGACUCUCGAUGCGGUGUACAGUAUAAUCUUUACUGGGAUUUUUGAGAUGUGUUGAUUUUUGAUUGAUUUGAUACUAUGUUGUCAUUUGGGGUAAUCUAAGUUAGAUAGCUGUAACAUCACAUGUUUGUAUCAAAGUAUAACAUAUCAUCAAAAAAGAAUUACUCAUAUAUAAA